AUGGGCAGUUCUUUCUUUAAGACCGAAUACUUUAUGUUAGCUUUCUGUGUGAGACUUAACAUGAAUAUGUCUCUAGUCACUAUUCCAGUUUUGUCUUUUCUGUGCCUGUUGUGCUUGGUGGGACACAGUCAAGCUCAAGUUAACAGCGAGGUCGCUAAAGAUGUUGACAUGAAUAGCUUGAAGCCACUACUUUUGACAGAGAUCAAACGAAACAUCCAGUCAUACUUUAGGCGAACACAUAACGAUUUAAUCUACGAAGUCAGAAACUUUCAAUUAACAGAUUUCGUACCACCAAGAACUUACUUGACUUUGAGAAGGCGAUUUCCACCUACCUAUGAAUGGAUUGGAUUUAACGCCCAAGUGUACGGGAGAUUUGAUUGGUUCUACGACUACAGAACUUGGUGGGUUCAGCAGAGUAACAGAGGUCUGGCCAGCGUUGCAAUAACAAGAAUAGGAUUCAGUGUCUACAUCACACGGGAGAGAGGUUUUAUCACAGCCGGCUAUUGCACCAGCAAACGACCUUCAGUCGCCAUCAGAAGUAGAGACUCUGGCUUGAACUGGUUGGAUUUCUAUGUCAUUCAGUUACUGGAAAACGAAAUUGAAACGCUCCUCACUGGCCCUGAUGGUGUUAUCUGUUCAUAUGUCAGAGGGUUUAUAGAACGUCAAGGAAGGGCCGUUUCAGACAUGAUUGAUGACAAUUUUGGGGGUAUAGAUAUUACUGGCGGAGGAAUAGAUAUCACUGGCGGAGGAAUAGAUAUCACCGGCGGUGGAAUAGAUAUCACUGGUGGAGGUAAAGAUAUCACAAGCGGAAGAGACGAUUCUGACGACGAGUUCGACGAUUAAAUGUUGUAUACAAAAAGGGAUCAUAGAAACAUACAAUGGUGAGAUUUUACAGACAUUAAAUGGAUUCUGAGUUUCGUUUGUCGUGUUUCCUUUUGCAUAUCCUCUGUGAUAUACAAUCGCAACUUCUCUGGCCUUUGCAGCAGAGCUUUUAAAAGUAUCUCGAAUUCACUACAAUGACCAGAUGUUAGAAUUUUAUACAGAAUAAAGUCGGUCCCCAUCAAUUUAAGUAACGGCUGUACAGCCGUGUACAUCUCUUCUGAAGGAUACAUCACUUGAUUUGAUAAAGUACUAAAUACCACAUUUUAACAGAAAAUAACAUGUUCUUUGUGUAUUUCGACUUCCAUAAAAUUGGAGGUGGGAAGAGGUUGUUUAAGCUUACGUAAUAUAUUCGACCUCUGCCAGAAAUUACCAUUGAAUGCAUACUUAUUGUGGAAUUGUUAUGCUUCUUUCGCAAAAUUUCGUUUUUAAUUGUUUCUUGAUGUUAUCCAAGUUUUCUCUUUUAAAAAACGUUACUUAUUACAAUAUGUAUCUUCAUAAAUUUUGAUAAAUGUUGAAAACAUAUAUUUCAUUGCAGGAUUGUCAUUGAAAAUUGGAAAAAAAACACAAAAAUGACACUUUGUAAUAGUUGAUGUUUGAAAUAAACAAUCUACAAACUAUA